CUGGAUGACGUCGGUGCAAAUGUAGCUAUGCUUGUCACUGGAUGUUGAUUUACUUCAAAUAUGGUUCUGCUAUAUCCUCGUUUGUACUGUAAAGUUUGCUGAGAAUACGGACGGUUGAUAUGACAGUCUUUCCCUCUGACACAGGUAGCAAUCGGACCCAGUAGAAGCGAACGCCACCACCAUGUACUCGGAGUGGAGGUCUCUGCACCUGGUGGUGCAGAGCGACCAGGGCCACCUGAGUGUCCUUCACUCGUACCCUCCUGCAGUUGGGCGCGAUGUGGCCAAUGCAGUGGUUAAACCCCUGGGGGUGACCCUGGGCACUCCGUCCACUGACAGCCUGCUCAAGACCGACAAAGAGGUGAAGUGGACGAUGGAGGUGCUGUGCUACGGCCUGACUCUGCCUCUGGACGGGGACACGGUCAAGCUGUGCGUGGACGUCUACACGGACUGGAUCAUGGCGCUGAUCACUCCUCGCGACUCCAUCCCCCAGCCCAUCGUCAAGGAGCCCAACUUCUACGUGCAGACCAUCCUCAAACAUCUCUACAACCUCUUCAUGCCCAGGCCGGAGCACUACAGCCCCAUGCACUUCCGCUUGUGCCAACAGGUGCUGACGGCAGUGUUGAAGCUGGCCAGGGAGUCGGGCAGCGGCAUGGCCCGGGAGACCUGGGAGGUGUUGCUGCUCUUCCUGCUGCGCAUCAAUGACACUCUGCUAGCCCCGCCCACCGUCGGAGGUGGGAUUGCGGAGAAGCUGGCUGAGAAGCUGAUCAGCGUUCUGUUUGAGGUGUGGUUUAUGGCCUGCACACGCUGCUUCCCCACGCCUCCCUACUGGAAGACGGCCAGGGAGAUGCUGGCCAACUGGAGGCACCACCCGCCCGUGGUGGAGCAGUGGAGCAAGGUCAUCGCUGCUCUCACUUCCAGACUGUUACGGUUCACCUACGGUCCGGCCUUCCCUCCGUUCAAAGUCCUAGAGGAGGACGCCAACCUCAUCCCUACUGAGAUGGACAACGACUGUGUGGCUCAGACCUGGUUCCGCUUUCUGCACAUGCUGAGUAACCCGGUGGACCUCAGCAGCCCUUUGACGGUCAGCUCCACGCCAAAGUUCCAGGAGCAGCUGCUGGGGGUGACCGGCGUGCCCCAGGAGGUGAUCCAGCAUCACCCCUGCCUCAAGCAGCUGCCCCAGAUCUUCUUCAGGGCCAUGCGGGGGGUCAGUUGCCUGGUGGACGCCUUCCUGGGUAUCUCCCGCCCCCGGUCGGACAGUGCCCCACCCACCCCUGUCAACAGACUGAGUGUACCGCCGCCUCCCACCACCACCAACACCACGCCCCCUCACAGCCGCCGCAACAAACCCACGGGGGUCAUCAAGACGGCCAGUAAAACCUCCACAGCGAGCAUGACGCACCAACCCAAAGUGUCCUACCAGCCGUCCUCCAGCUCUCCCUUGUCCAGCCCCAACCUGACCAGCUCUGAGCCCCGGCCGCUGCCCGCCCCCACCAGGCCCAAAGUCAACAGUGUCCUCAAUCUGUUUGGUCAGUGGCUGUUUGAUGCUGCGCUGGUGCACUGCAAGCUCCACACGGGCCUGAGCCGAGACAACAGCUUGACAGCCCUGGCCACUCAGGCAGGCGUGGAGCCGAGGAGGCAGGGCUCCCUGAUGUCCACAGACACCAUGGUGUCCAACCCCAUGUUCGAUGCCAACGAGUUCCCCGACAACUAUGAGUCGGGCCGGGCCGAGGCCUGUGGGACCCUCUGCAGGAUCUUCUGCAGCAAGAAGACCGGCGAGGAGAUCCUGCCCGUUUACCUGUCCAGGUUCUACAUGGUUCUGAUCCAGGGCCUCCAGAUCUCUGACUACAUCUGCCGACCGGUCCUGGCCAGCAUCAUCCUCAACUCUUCUGCCCUCUUCUGCUCCGACCUGAAGGGCAUCAACGUGGUGGUCCCCUACUUCAUUUCUGCUCUGGAGAACAUCCUCCCUGACCGAGAGCUGUCAAAGUUUAAGACAUAUGUGAACCCCACAGACCUGAGGAGAGCAUCCAUCAACAUCCUGAUGUCCAUGCUGCCUCUGCCACACCACUUUGGCAAGGUCAAGUCAGAGGUGCUCUUGGAGGGUAAGUUCAGCAACGACGACAACUCUCUGCACGACAAGGCUGUCUCCUUCGUCUCCCUCAAGCUGCGAUUGGUCAACAUCCUAAUAGGAGCGCUCCAGACGGAGACGGACCCCACCAACACACAGAUGAUCCUGGGUGCAAUGCUCAACAUUGUCCAAGACUCUGCUCUCCUGGAGUCCACUGGUGCCCAAGCGGAGGUGGGCAUUGUGGACGGCAGCAAUGCACUGGCCAAGAGCCACAGCAGGAACAACAGUGGCAUCAGCAAUACCAGCGGGGGCAGCUCUGAAGCCACCAGCCCUGACAGAGAGAGGCCCACCCAGGCCCUCCUCAGAGACUACGCUCUCCAUACAGAUGCAGCGGCCGGCUUGCUGAUCCGCAGCAUCCACCUUGUCACCCAGAGGCUCAACUCCCAGUGGAGGCCUGACAUGAGCAUCUCCCUGGCUGCUCUGGAGCUGCUGGCCGGCCUGGCCAAGGUGAGGACGAGUGUGGAGUCUGCAGACCGUAAACGUGCGGUCAGCUCGGUGUGUGGUUACAUCGUGUACCAGUGCAGCCGGCCUGCCCCCCUCCACUCCAGAGACCUCCACUCUAUGAUCGUGGCAGCCUUCCAGUGUCUGUGUGUGUGGCUGACAGAACACCCUGACAUGCUCAAUGAAAAGGACUGUUUGAUAGAGGUCCUGGAGAUCGUGGAACUGGGCAUAUCAGGCAGCAAGUCCAAGACGGGUGACCAGGAAGUGCGUUACAAAGGGGACAAGGAGCACAACCCGGCCUCCAUGAGGGUGAAGGAUGCUGCUGAGGCCACCCUGUCAUGUAUAAUGCAAGUCCUGGGGGCAUUCCCGUCGCCUAGCGGCCCCGCCUCCCCCUGCAGCCUGCUGAACGAGGACACCCUGAUCAAGUACUCCAGGCUGACCUCCACCAGUCACAAGAACUUCCGCUACUUUGUCCUGGACAACUCUGUCAUCCUGGCCAUGCUGGAGCAGCCACUGGGCAAUGAACAGAAUCCCUGUCCGUCCGUGACCAUGUUGAUCAGGGGGAUGUCCGGAAGACACGCCUGGACCAUGCAGCUCUUCCAUCAGCCCAGGGAGGCCCGCGCCAGCCACAAGCAGGUGUUUGUCCCAGAGAGCCGGCCCACUCCCAAAAAUGAUGUGGGCAUCCGGUUCAACGUCAAACACAGACCCUUCCCUGAAGAAGUGGACAAAAUUCCAUUUGUGAAAGCGGACCUGAGCAUUCCGGACCUGCACGAUAUUGUAGAUGAGGAGCUGGCGAUACAGCACAACAAGCUGUGUGGUGUGAUGGCCAAGCAGACUGAGUAUGAAACAACACUGGAGCACAGCAGCGAGGAGCGCUGGUGCAACAAGAGCUUCCCAGACCCGCUGACGGAGUGCAAGCCCCCACCGCCCUCUCAAGAUUUCCAGACCGCCCGCCUUUUCCUGUCGCACUUUGGCUUCCUGUCGCUGGAGGCUCUCAAGGAGCCCGGCAACAGUCGCCUACCUCCCCACCUGAUUGCACUGGACUCUGGGUUGCCGGGCUUCUUUGAUGACAUGAGCUACCUGGACCUGCUGCCCUGCCGGCCCUGUGACACAGUCUUCCUCUUCUACAUGAAGGCUGGCCAGAAGAGCAGCCAGGAGAUCCUGAGGAACGUGGAGUCUAGCUCCAACGUGCAGCACCACUUCCUGGAGUUCCUGCUGUCGCUGGGCUGGCCCGUGGAGGUGGGACAGCACCCGGGCUGGACAGGCAGUGUCUACACCAGCUGGUCCAUCAACAAGAACAACAGCAAUAAUGUAGACAGCAACCCACCAGAUGACAUGGUCACCCUGGGAGACACGGGUGGGGGCGUGUUCAACGGAGAGAAGCGGGUGCUGUACUAUGCAGACGCCUUGACCGAAAUUGCCUUCGUCGUUCCCUCGCUCACAGAGUCCUCCGCGGAGUCGUCAGAGAACAGUUUCCCUACGGGAGAGCCAGACUCUCAGAUGGACCUGCUGCCCAGCCUGCUGAAACAGUCCAACCUCACACUGGACCUCUUCCCCAACCACUCUGACAACGUGGCACCUAGGCAGAGGAGUCCCACGGUGAAGUCUAAGAAGAUGCCUCCUGGCAGGACCAUCCCUCCAAUGGGCCCCGAGACCAAAGUACUGGUGGUCUGGGUGGAGCGCUACGACGAUAUCGAUAACUUUCCUCUGGCUGACCUGCUGGUAGAGACGAGCACUGGAGUGGAGACCACGGCCAACAGUAGCACAUCCACAAGGCCCACAUCAUCAGGUCAGGAUGUGCAGGUGAUCUUCAUCCACCCUCUGAGGACUGGCCUGUUCCGGAUCCGCCUGCACGGGGCCCUGGGCAAGUUCAGCAUGGUCGUCCCCCUGGUGGACGGCAUGGUGGUCAGUAGAAGGUCACUAGGGUUCCUGGUGAGACAGACGGUGAUCAACGCGUGCCGGCGGAAGCGGCUGGAGAGUGACUCGUACAACCCGCCGCACGUGCGUCGGAAACAGAAGAUCGCUGAGGUGGUGAACCGCUACCGCAACAAGCAGCUGGAGCCCGAGUUCUACACCGCCCUCUUCCAGGAGGUAGAGGAGCGCAGCCUCAACCCGUGAACCCACCCCCGGUGAACUUUGACCUUUCACCUCACUCCCCCACACAGAGAGAGACUGAGAGACUGACACAAGGACUGCUAGAUUCUAUAUAACAAAUAUGUUUUAUUUUGUUAUGUAUAUUAUCAGCAAGUUGCGAUUCAACUUGAGGUCGACAAUUUAUUUUUAUUUCUAUGCUGACUCACCGCAGCCACGGCACCCGACCAUCUUAGUUUUUCCCACCCCGCGCCACAACACUGCUCAUUUGCCACUUACUGUAUUUCUAUCUAGACUUCACAGGAGGUUGGUGGCACCUUAAUUGGGGAGGACGGGCUCGUGGUAAUGACUGGAGCGGAAUAGCUGGAAUGGUAUCAAAAAUAUCAAACGCAUAGUUUCCAGGUGUUUGAAGCCAUUCCAUUUGCACCGUUUCAGCCAUUAUUGUGAGCCGUCCUCCCCUCAGCAGCCUCCACUGCUAGACUCUAGACUGAUGGGUUGUGGUUGUGGCACUCACCUCACCUGGCUGCGAGGCUUCAGACUGUCAGCAGAGGGAACAUACUGAGAGACUUUAGACUGGUGACGUGGCGAAGAGAUUGCCGUCGGUACUCAAAAUGGCUUCCACUCUAUGGCUGUUACUAGUUCCCACAGCCGUAUCACUGUGGUUUUUCAAGUCCAAUUCUUCUGUUUGCUUUUCUAUGAAACGCAUUGGUCUUUGCAUUUUACCAUAUCUAACGUCGUGUUUUUUGUUGUUGUUAUGUUGGUCUGGAGCGAAAUAGACCGGUCAAAACAUCAGAAAAAUGUACUUUUAUCUAAAAAAGGACAUUACAUUUUUUAUUAACAAAACUCAAAUCUCACUUAAGUCAAUGGUCAUUUUUGACUUACCUAGUGAUUUUGGUUUUCUCUUCCCACAUGCACACUUGUGCCAGUUAGCGAGAGUCUGGAAAUGUACUUUUACUUAAAAUCUCAGGUAGAUUGAGCCUUUUUAUACUCAUCGGCAUCUGGGUUGUGUUCAUAAGCUACAAAACAGGCUAACUAAACGAACUGAAUGAAAAGGGAGGGACAACCAGAACUUCCAAUCAGUCCAAUGAGAAACGUUUGUUUUGUUUUCCGUUGUACAGUGUUUUGCUACGAUGUGCCCUAAUGAAUGCGACCGUGGUCCUUGUACUCAAUGCACUCCCAACCAACUGACCUCGUUUUAGGCAUUAUUCACUUUUAAACCUGUGGCAUUUCACAUUCACUGGAUCUGAUGGUAGACUUCAGGAAAUAUGUUUUUUUUGGUAUGGAUAAAAAAACAAUCUAUCACUUGGCUUGUUUCUUUCCAUAUCAAUUAAAAGAGAUAAAAAUACAUAUUGAUUGGUUAUAUUAAGGGUGAGUUACACUUUGAUAGUCACAGUUGGAAAAAUGAUCGUCUUCGGUGAUUUAAAAAAUGAUUUGUCAUGAGUACUGUGUUUAACAUCCCAUUCCAGAUGUGACAUCACAGACUAGAGAACCUGAUACAUACCGCCAUGUUGUGUCCAUAAUAUUGUGGUUUUAUGUCCAGCCUAAAACCACAUUCAGAGCAUUAAAUCACUAGUGUGUAGUGGCAGAGGUUGUACUUCUCUUUUUUUUUUCACCAAUUACUGUCUUUAUUUGUGCUUGAUUUUAUUCCCGACAACAUAACAGGGCUGAAACACAGUAGAUUUAUGUAGUCAUUUAAAAAAUGAUCUAUUAACGGUUACAACUGGCGUCCUGUUCAUACCCCACGUGUAUGUUGCUGGAUCUGUCUAAAACACAGAUUUUAUACGUUAUUAUUAUUAUUUUUUACAAUAUGGAAAAUAAUCCGGAACUAUAUUUCUUUUGCAUGAUAUUUUCCGUGGUGAUCCACCCGAGCCAUUUAUAUUUUCAGGAAAUAAGAUUUCCUCCACUUUCGUUCCAUAGAUCGCUAAUUUUGUGUUUCUUUUUGGAAUGAUUUCCAUUUUCUUGACUGUUAAGGAAAAGAUGAAUUGUACCAAAAACUAUUGAAACCUUACUGUAUCUGGGGAAGCUAAAAGCUCACUUGAGUUAUUUAUGUUUCUCCAGAAUAUUAUUACUGUCAUUUUAGGUUACUUGCUUAUUGGCAAUUGACAAGUCCUGUGUUUGAGGAUCAAUAAUGCAGUAAAAUGUUAGUCUGGUCCCAGAUCUGUUUGUGCUGUAUAGCCAACUCCUAGGGUUGUUAGCAACUUCAAGAGUUUGCUUUCCAGCACAACCUGAUCUGUGACCAGGCCAGUAAAAUGUCACUUCAGGCAUGACUUUUGCUGUCAAUUUACUAGUGUUAACUGUUUUGAAUAUGGAAUGUCCAACCUAUUGCUGAUUUUUCAAAUGGCCUCAAGGAAUUUAAAUUCUCAAAUGAAUUGAUACUUUAGCCUGCCAUUGUGCUCUGCAAAUAUUCUACGAUCUCGAUGGUGCCACAUGAACUGAACUCGAUUUUUAUCUCGUUCCUCAGAGACCACUCAUUUAUUCUGUAAAUGCUGAAGGUAUCAACUUGUUGGAAGAUGUGUACAUACUGAGGGUGUGAAGUAUUUUUUGCUCAUCUGCCCCUCCGUUAGGAAAGGCACAAAAUCUGCUUGUUUGUAUUAGUCUUAUUAUAUGCGUGUCGAAAACAAACUCAUUGGAUAUUGAAUGUAACACAAUGUAACAAAUAAAGAGUUUGAUUCACUUAU